CAUUCCAUUGGGCUCCGCUCCCGGGCCAAAUCCCUCGUUUCCGCUCUGGCGUCAGAGGGCGAGGUCACUGCGCGGUGGCGUCACGGGGCGGCUCCUCCCGGCGCCUGCGGUGGGACCUAGGAGAUCUGUCGCCCAGGCUGCGUGAGACCAUGGGGGCUCAGCUGAGCGGCGGCCAGGGCGCCCCGGAGUCGGCGCAGCCCCAGCCUGCAGCACCGGCACCGGAGGGCCCGGAGCAGCCCCAACCCCGGCCCGAGCCCGAGCCUAGCCCGUGGGGGCCGCUGGACGACGUGCGCUUCCUCAUCGCUUGCACCUCCUGGUACUGACUCGGCCGCCGCCGGAGGAUCCCGCUGGCCCAUGGCGUUCUUGUCCGCUUCGGCCCGGCCGAGAACCCAGGUCCUUGUCUCCGCUCUUCACGUUCCCCCCACCCCCGCAUCCCCGGCGUCCUGCAGACUGCAGAGAAUGGGAAGAGGUCAACCCCGUCACCUCGCCAUGGGGCACCGAGUCGGCCCCAACUUGCACCCAAACCCAGCUCACACCUUCAUGCUCAGCCGCAUCCCCUUCUCCAGCUGUCUGGGUCAACCCCAACCUUUCACUGGCUUCCAGAGCCAAGCCAGGCCAGGCCUCCUGGCAAGACCCCAAGGCUGCUGAGCUCCUGAUCUCGUCUGUCCUUAUUGCUGAGAACUGAGCUCUUGCCUUUGUCCCAGUUCGUGGCACCAUGUACCUUGACUUCAGAGAAGUCCUUGCCACAGGGACCCUCCCCAUACUUCUGAGGGGGGUUUCUCCCUCAUCCUGGAUCCCAACGAGGCAUCAUCAGGCUGUAGUCCAGGGACCCCAGUAACAUUGGACCUCCAAGGCCAGCCUUUUGGAGAGGACGUCUGAUUGCUGGUCUGGCAUAUGAGAUGUUUUGGGCAGCUCCCAGACACCCCAAAGCUUCUUAAGGCCACUGUUAGAACCUGAUCUUUGUUCCCAUAUCCCAGGAAAACGACAAACUAUGUAUUUCUGUUUUAUUUAGAAAUGAUUUAAAAAACAUUAUACAAAGGCUGAUCAGUUUAAAAUGUGACUGACACUGAAAUGUUGUGGUAUCCCCCAGGCUGAGGGGAAGCUGGGCUCUGGGACCCCCAGUACUUUGCCCCUCUGUCUGCCCUGUCCUGGGGUGAUGGACACACAGAUGAUGACCACAGGCAGGAGAAUCUGAGAUUGGAAGCCUCUAGGCUGAGCCCUCUGGGCCCGGCCCCGCAUCCCUCACAUCUGCAGCCUGGGCUGCCUGCCUUCAUCUCCUGCUCUUUCUCAGCUGGCCUAGGUAGUACCAGGAGCCAACAGGGAGCCUGGGGGGCGCGGGGCCUAGAGCUUUCAAGAAGUGAGAGCACCAACCUGAGGAGUGGGGAGGAAUGAGGAAGGGAGAAGGGAGGCCAGGAAAAGAUGGAUAGAGGAGACACUUCUCAUCUCAGACCCUAGAGGAGCCCACAGAUGAGACACAGGGCCCAGCCAGCCCACUGGAUGGCCUGGGCAAGUAACAGAACCUCUCUGUGCUUCCUAUGAGGGCACGGUGAGAAUGAUCCUUGGCCUCCCAGGGCCUGCAAGAGUUUCAUGUGAGUGGACAGGUGUGAGCUAAUAA